GACGCGAGGGGCGGGGUUUGCUGAGGAAGAUGGCGGCCGCCAGGGGCUUGUCCCUAACGGCGGCGGCCCUGAGAGCGGUCACCCCCUGGCGGAGGAGCAGGCUCCUCGCGGCGUCCGCCCGACCUCCGGCGCUUCGGGAAGCGUCGUCCUCCAGCCCCGAGGCUGACGAAGGCCAGGUUCACCUCACCAACAGCUGCGUCCAGAGGCUCCUGGAGAUCACCCAAGGGGCAGAAUUCCUCCGGCUGGAGGUGGAGGGGGGUGGAUGCUCCGGAUUCCAGUACCGAUUUUCGCUGGACACAGUGAUCCACCCCGACGACAGGGUAUUCGAACAGGGCGGGGCCCGAGUGGUGGUUGACUCUGAUAGCUUGGCCUUCGUGAAAGGCGCCCACGUGGACUUCUGCCAGGAGCUGAUCCGAAGCUCCUUCCAAGUGCUGAACAACCCGCAGGCGGAGAAGGGCUGCUCCUGUGGCUCUUCCUUCUCCGUCAAGCUUUGAUGAGAUGGCAGGCGGCCCAGCGUGGCUGCCACGGGGACCCCUUCCAGGCGCCUGGAAUUCAUCGAUGUUAGGGGUUUCCUUCCAAUCAUGUCCCUCCCACGAUUUGGUUUCCCGCAAUCCAGGAGUGUUGUGUGUUGCCACUGUGUUUUCCAGAAUGUGAAGCAAUCUUGACUCUUGACUUAAUUUCUCCUGCACCCUUCUAAGGCCAAGGCUCUAGGUCAGCGGUCCUCAAACUUUUUAAACAGGGCGCCCGUUCACUGUCCCUCAGACCGUUGGAGGGCCGGGCUAUAGUUUAAAAAAACAACAACCAUGAACAAAUUCCUAUGCACACUGCACGUAGCUUAUUUUGAAGUGAAAAAACAAAUGUUUUCGGCGGGCCGCAUGUGGCCCGCGGGCCGCAGUUUGAGGACCCCUGCUCUAGGUGCUGCUCCCUAAGGUUUGUUUAAGAACUAGUUUGAAACCCAGUGUAGUCUGGAGAGGCUCCAAGGUUCCAAAAUGUGAGCUGCUUCUCUGGCCUUCAGAGCUGCUUGUACAUAGAUGUCUAACUCUGUAUAAAAGCCUCGUUUUGAAGCAA